AUGAGCCAUCGCAUCUUGCACCUUAACUACGCCACAAGCUUAGUCACGAUCCCUAGCAGCAUUGUGCCACCUAAAUCACCGAGUCACAUCACCUUCACUACAAGUCAUCGCAGCUCGUGCCAACCCCAAACCCUCAACGCCACCACCGCAAACCCCCAGUUCCAACUCGAUCUGCAUCCCACUCACCCUCCCUACCACUCUUCUAGCCUCACCGAAACAACUCACCAAAGUCAUUGUGGCUAUUUCCCUCUUUUCAUCCUCCCUCAACCUCAGUCUCCCCUUUGCCACACCUCCCCAUCUCUCUCCUAUCUCCACGAUCCCUGGUUCGAGAUGGGUCUGAGGGUCGCACUAUAG